GUGAUUUCAGAAUGGUAACAACACAAACCAAAUGGCCACUCUAAACGCACCACGUUGCUAUUUUACUCAUUUGUGUAAAACACCCGAUACGACGUCGUUCUACGGGAGAAGAACCCCCCUUUACCAAUCACUCAAAAUCCGCCGCCACUCUUCGACUCCCAUGGCCUCUACCACCACCGACACGGCGGCAGAGGUCCCGACCACAUCCGACGUGGUAGUUCAGUACGUUGUUCUCCGACGAGAUUUAAUCGACACGUGGCCGUUAGGGAGCGUGGUUACACAGGGAUGUCAUGCCUCCGUGUCAGCCAUCUGGACACACAAAGAUGAUCCUCACACUAUUGAAUAUUGUAGCCCUGAUAAUAUCGACUCAAUGCAUAAGGUAACUCUUGAGGUAAAAGGAGAAGUGCAGCUAAAGAACUUGUCAGAGAAGCUGACUAGCAAUAACAUUGAUCAUAAGCUGUGGAUCGAACAACCCGAGAAUUAUCCAACAUGUCUUGCCACCAAACCUUACCCCAAAUCACUUGUUUCCAUGUUUUUUAAGAAGCUCAAACUAUGUAAGUGAUACAAUUUCAUGGUUCCAAUUUGCUGAAUUAACUGAACUCUGAUGUCGUCCCUUUUAUUAUACAAACUACCAUUUUAUGUGCCUGA